UAGUAAUUUUCGUGUGAAAUACAUUGAUUCAAUCCUAUCUAUUUUAUACACAACGCGAUUUAUACCAAAUUCAAUGUGUGGUGAACAGUCUGUGUUCAGUUUCUAUUUAUCUUGGCGAAGGAAAUGCAGAAAUAGGGAACAUUUGUAUUUAUUUAGAAGUUGCCAUAACAGGUUUUAUGACACAGACGCAGAUAUUGAGAUAUCACUUACGAAAUGAAUGACACAAAAAGGAAAACUCAGUUACAGCGAAUCCGUAUUGCCAUAGCGUUUUUCUUGUACAUGUACUAUGAAAGUGCAACUUCAGUAAAAUGAGUCGCAAGCCACCAAACAAAAGAAAAAGACUUGAGAGUACAAGAUCACAAGCUUCUGGAAUUUCCGCUUUGUCAAAUAUUGCACGAUCUACUGAUGAUGUAAAUGAUAGCGAUAGCAGGUGCUCUGCGACUUCGAACUGUAACUGCAACGGAUUUCUACAUGGCACCCACAAUGACGCCAUUAAUGUAGUACCACCGCAAAUCAAUUUUGACACACAAACGGUGUCGCAAGAAAACAGACGACAGCGCCGAGUUUCAUGGGGUUUGUGUGAUGAGGACGAAGAGACCAUUCCCAAAGGGUUGAACAAUCAGCCAGAUGUCCUGUUUAACAAUAGGUCAAAUGGGCAAGAUCAGCGUGUGGAAAUAUAUGCUAAAAACUACAUCCCUCAUCAAGAUUCUGCCGUUCCAAUUACCUCCCGUCGAAGUGAAGUUGAACUUCGCCGACAACUUGCAGAACAACAACAACAGAUUUCUCAUCUGUUGGAAAGAGACAGAAUAAAUACUCAGAAGUUACUUCAAAGGCAAAAACUUCAACAGAGGCGCUCUAUUAGUGUGACGUCAUUAAGAGGAUCGCCACAGGAUUGCGUCACUUCCGUUAACAGAGAUAGAAUUCCAGGGCAACAUGUGUAUGAAUCAGUUCCGCGUGUAUCUCAAAUUAACAUACCAUCUGAAGCUAAUGUUCGAAAUGAAAGUGUGUUUGUAUUCCCUUCGGCACGUGCUGCCGGAGUAGCCCAGCGGCGUAGCAGGUCUUGCGAUUUUCUUUUGAACGAUGAAGAAGGGGAAUCAUUCAUAUCCCCAGCGAAUAGAAGCCCACUUCAAAUUGGAAGUAGCUCAGGCUAUGAACACGUUACAGAACACUCAUCUGAUGCAAGUUCAGAUGGGAACGGAAACGGAGAAGAUCAAAACAAAUCAAACUAUACAAAUGUCAGGAAAUACGACUUUCGUAGGUGGUUUUAUGUUUUGUUGGCGUUCAACAUAAUAAUCAUAUUAAUGAACGUAACUGGAAUACCAUUUUUAUAUGUGACUUUAAAAAGUCCUGAACACCACGAAGAGACUGUUUGCAUCAAAUGCGAGUCACUUAACAUGUUGUAUAUUGACAAAUCAGUGUUUAUGAAGAAAGAUGACCAAUGCUGUCUAAAAUCUUCACGUCAGCUCUUUGAACUAUUUGCAAAUGUGACACGUCAAUUAAAGUCUGCUCCAUUGGCACCACAAGCAAUGAGAAGCAGUGAUACGUUAAAGAGAUCUCACAAUGAAGAUAUUCCUAUGGUGCAGUAUAAAGCUAUGAAGUUAGAAACAAUAGAUAAUGUUACCCGAAUAUCGUGGGACAAAGAGGUCCAAUAUCCAAUACAAAGGGUGUUUGGAAAGUUGGAUCAAGCAUCUCGUAACACCACUAUUACUAUACCGGUAGCCGGUUUGUACUAUAUCUAUAGUCGCGUUCACUAUAUAAAACCAUACGGAAUUGGACCAACUGUGAUAUUCGGACAUUCGGUGCUGAAAAUACAUGAGGAACAGAAGAAUAUUGUGGAAGAUACGCUCGACUCGGUUAAUGAAACAUGCUUUCAGAGGAAUGAUGUUGUUAUGCAUACAUCACAUCUUCACUUCGUGCAUAAUUUUAAACAGAAUGAUAAGGUUUAUGUAAGGUUGGAUAAUGACCAACACUUUGAUAGAAGCUUAGAUAGUAAUACUAAGUUUGGACUUUUUAUGAUUCAAAGACUUUAAUAAACCACAUGAUCAUUUUGUUUCUUUAAUUCUCAGGGUUAAGUUACAAAAUGGAUUGUUCUACAUUUUAAUAAAGGCUUUCAAUUUUAGUUAUAUGAAAGAAAUCCUUUAAUCAAAAUAUCAAUGAAUUCCUGUAUCAUUUAUUUGCUGUAAGAAUGAGAACAUUUUAGACGACAGUUAUUUACCGGUGAAAUAUAUUUUACAUUUGCAUAUCAGUUUACUGUUGAUUGUAUAUAGCCUAGCAAGCAGCAUCUAUUAUGGUACGUAAAUAUUGUUGUUGUUUUUUUGGGUGUGUGUGUGUGUGUUUUUGGCGUUUCUGCCGGUAAAUAAACAAUCAAACAUGUUAUAUAUACAAUAUGUACACUCCUAAUUGUUAUAAUCAUAGAUUUCAUUGUUGAAAUAAUCAUGAAACAAACUCAAACUGUUUUUACUGUUUAAUACUUUCCGGAACAACUGUAUAUCUCAAAAGGUCUGGAAUCAUAUUUGAUAUAUUGAACAUAAAAAAGUAGUUUCUUUCUUUUUGUCAAUAGUUCCCAAGUCGGUAACUGUUUCUAAUAUUACCAGAUGUACUUUAUUUCGGUUCUUAAGACUUUGCCACAGUUGAGAACAAGUACGUAAACGUAACAUAUUGUUAUGUAGCCUCUGCCAUAGUGGAGGGCAAGUACUGUAAAAUCAUUAAAUUUAUUGGGCAUAAAAUUUCGUGGUUUUGGUCAAAAUGGCAAUUUCGUGGGGAAAUGAAUUCGUGGAUUUCAACUUUUGAUAUCAAAUGAAUGGGAAUUUUACUUGUUCGUUGCGAUUAAAUUUCGUGGAUUGACAUAACCACGAAAUCCACGAAAACUAGUCCCCCACGAAUAUUAAUGAUUUCACAGUAUGCGACAUAUUGUACUGUAAACUUUGCCAUAGCAGACUUACUGUACUGUAAACUUUGCCACUUUGGAGGACAAGUAUGUAACAUACUGUAUUGUAGACUUUGCCACAGUGGAGGACAAGUAUAGGACAAACUGUAAUGUAGACUUUACAACAGCGGAGGACAAGUAUGUGACAUACUGUACUGUAGACUUUGCCACUUUGGAGGACAAGUAUGUGACAUACUGUACUGUAGACUUUGCCACAGUGGAGGACAAGUAUGUGGCUUACUGUGCUGUAGACUUUGCCACAGUAGAGGACAAGUAUGUGACAUACUGUACUGUAGACAUUGCCACGGUGACAUAUUGUAGUAUGUAUUUAUUACGUACAAUGUCCUACUAGGGUCAGCUUGUUAUACGAAUAUGAACUUCAUAGCAAAUUAGUCACAGCCUAAAUCAGUCCUAAUUAUAGAAAUAAAAUAUGAUAAUAUGACAUUUAUUUCAAAACGUUUGGAUAUCAUCCAAUUGUUGCUUUGACUUACGUAUGAAGUAAGUCACCAAUUUAGUCUUGACCUUGAUUUGCAAUGAUUCAUACUAAAGUAUCUGCUUUACGAAAGUUAAUAAAAACAUGUACUUAAAAAUGGG